UUUGGCCUGUCAAAGUCCCUGCAGAGAGAGGGAGAGGGGGAGGGAGGAGGAGGAUAGGUUGAAGAUACAAUAGAUAACAGCUAAGCAGUGACAGGUGAGCUCCUCCUUUGGACUGGGACACUGAGCAGGACAUGGCCGGGUACAAGCCAAGGGUGAUUUCUCUAACCAAGAGGCCGGGUCACACAUUUGGCUUUUACUUGAGGGUGGAGCGUGGUGAGGAGGGUCACCUGAUCCGCUGCCUGGAAAUGGGAGGUCCAGCUGAACUUGCUGGCAUGAAAGAUGGAGACCGCAUCCUGCGGGUCAGUGGAACAUUUGUUGAUGAACUGUCCCAUUCAGAGGUCGUGGACAUGGUGAGAAACAGUGGACCAUCAGUCACGUUCCAUAUCCUGGAUGAAGCUUCCUACAAGCAAGCUAAAGCACAGGGAGUGAACCUGUCCGACCCUCAGAGCACACCAGUUGCCAAUGGUGUGGCCAAACAGGCUCCAAAACCCAAACUCAGCUAUCUGGUUAAGUCCAGCUCAGGCUUUGGGUUUUCUCUUCGCUCAGUCAAAGAUGAGCAGGGUUUGUUCAUGACAGAGGUGAUCCCGGGAAGCAUGGCUGACAGGGCGGGGGUCAAACCCAACGACCGUCUGCUGGAGGUCAAUGGGGAGAGCGUAGAAGGCUCCACACACGAACAAGUAGUGGACAAGAUCAAGCUGGCUGGCAGCAGCAUAAUGUUCCUGUUGGUUGACGAGGAAACAGACAGGUACUACAAGAACAAGCAUACAAAGAUAGGAGGAUGGUUAGCUACAGUCAAGUAUCUUCCACACAAGCCACGCACCGCUCACAUAACCAAAGGAUCUGAUGGCUAUGGCUUCCUGCUCAGGGAGGAGCCCAAACAAACAGGUCACUUCAUAAAGGACAUAGACAGAGGCAGCCCAGCAGAAAAAGCAGGUCUGAAGGAAAUGGACAGAUUAGUGGCUGUGGAUGGCGACGAGGUGGACGGCUGCAGCCAUGAGCAGGUGGUGGACAGGAUCAGGCAGAGUGGCAACAAAUGCUGCCUCCUAGUGGUGGACAAAGACACAGACCAAAUGUAUAAGCUGGGGAAAGUAUCUCCUAUGCUUUUCUGGGAGGAGAUGAAGGAUUCCAACUCACCGCCCAGUUACACAGAGGCCAUCAAUUUCCCUGCUCCUGUCCAACCAUCCACACCUGUUCAGAAGAGGGAGGAGGGACUCAAGCCUAAACUGUGUAAAAUGGAGAAGACCUCAGCUGGCUAUGGCUUUCACCUAAAUGGCAUCCAGGGGGUGUCUGGACAGUAUAUCAAGGAGGUGGUGAAGGGUGGAGCCGCUGACAGGGCGGGUCUGGAGGAUGACGACAUCGUGGUGGAGGUGAAUGGAAUAAAUGUGGAGCAGAGCAGCCAUGAGGAGGUGGUGGCAAUGAUCCGCAGCAGUGGCAGCUCUCUGGAGAUGCUGGUGGCUAAAAAAAACGUCUACGACCAACUCAAAGCUCAAGGAGUGACCAUCACACAUCUGCUACUCGGCGAAACAUCUUAUGUUCAGGUCCACACUGCGGACACUCCAGAGCCCAGCACGGAGAGACAUAAGGAGGAGGCCAGACCUGAAACUCCCAGUGAACCAGCAAGAGAGAGGACCUCAUCUGCGUCAUCAUCUUCAUCUCAAGAGAGUUUCUAUGUGAGAAUCUGAGAAGCCACUGAAAGGACCCGUUUCCUGAUUUGGCCUUUGUCAAUCAAAUGUUGAUCCAUCAUGUUUUUAAACAAUCAGCUCUAAGGGCUUCACACAUCCAAUUAAUAUCAGGGGAGACAAGAGUUGAAGGAAAAAACAGAACAAGGACAGUAAAGACUUUUGAAAUCCAAUAUCUCAAUCAUAGCAGAAUAGUUGCAUUUAUGAAAGGGCUGAGAACAAAACUGUUCCUGAAUACUUUUGUCUUCCUUUGAUGCAAACAGUAGAUCUACUCGUAGAUUAGCCUGUGCAAUGAUCUGAGUAAUGUCUUUACCAAACCUGAGAUUACCAAUGUUACCAAGAUAACUACAGCCUACAGAACUUAAGCUAACACUAUUAAUACUGCCAGUAAAUACUGUGGCCUUUAAUGUAUUUUUUCUCUAUGCAAAGACUGCUGCCUUUAUUUAAUUUUCUUAAAAAAAUAACUUUAUUGUACCUAUUUCUAAAUAAAAGUAAAUGAAUGAAAAUAUCCAUGAACACAAAUAAAUGAACACAUACUAUCUGAAUUAAGCUUA